UGAAACCAACGCCCCCUGCUCUCAUUAGUGUUGACACUGCAAAGAGAAAAGCAUCCACUCACUUCCUAUCUAGUAAAACCUUUGAUCCUCGUUGAUGUCGCCCUCUGCCACGUGGUUCCACCUUUUCACUUCCCAGUCCCACUCUAUAAAUCUCUCUCUAUAUUUAUUUUCAUCGUCCCCAUUAAUUUGUUCAUCGAUCAGUUCAACACAGAGCAGGAGAAGAGCAGAGCAGAGAAGAGAAGAGAUGGACCGUGGAGGCUUUCAUGGCUACCGCAAGCUCCCCAGCACAAGCUCUGGGUUGAAGCUAUCUGAGAUGAACAUGAGGCUGGACGAGAUCAAUCAUGGAAACAGCAAUAACAAUACCAACAAUGUCAAUCACUCCACCAUAGAUGACAACGAAUGCACUGUGAGGGAGCAAGAUAGGUUCAUGCCAAUUGCAAAUGUCAUCAGGAUCAUGCGCAAGAUACUUCCCCCUCAUGCCAAAAUCUCUGAUGAUGCCAAAGAAACAAUCCAAGAAUGUGUUUCUGAGUACAUCAGCUUCAUUACUAGCGAAGCCAAUGAGCGCUGCCAACGCGAGCAGCGCAAGACUAUUACUGCUGAGGAUGUGCUUUAUGCUAUGAGCAAGCUAGGCUUUGAUGACUACAUUGAACCCUUGACUGUGUAUCUUCAUCGCUAUCGCGAGAUUGAGGGUGAGCGUAGCUCGAUAAGAGGUGAGCCGUUGGUGAAGAGGAAUGUUGAAUUUGGUACCUUGGGGGUUGGAGCUGCUGCCUUUGCACCAGCAUUUCACAUGGGUCAUCACCAUGGAUUUUUCGGCACAGCUGCCAUGGGAGGAUAUAUGAGGGAUGCUUCGAAUGAGAGUUCCUCUCAGGUUGCACUGACUAGUGGUGAAGCAUUUACCCAGAAUAAAUGAGUUCAUAGAGAAUUCUACACUAACCUAGUCAAUUAGGGAAGAAACUGAGAGGUUAGUGUUCGGAACUUGUGUAACAGAUCCAAGAAGGCAAGAACCUAUUUACUUUUCUGUUUGCUUUUUCUAUUAUCAAGUGUUCUUUGCUUUA